AUGCUGGAGCUGCAACAGCCACUUAACGAUAAUUGGACGUACUUCGAUGUUUUGGGUUACUCAAGUCCUCAACCUGUUAUUGAUAUUUCUGAACUAACUGACCGGAUGAGGCAAUGCCAAAAAAUAUUACACCCGGACAAAUUCAGCGGAAAAUCUUCGUACGAAUUAGCACUAGCCGCAGAUGCCUCUGCAUUCGUAAAUAAAGCGUAUGAUGUCUUGCAAAAGCCAGUGAAGCGCUAUGAAUACAUUUUAGGUCUUCAUGGAAUGUCAACUGAUAAUUCUGAGUUUCAAAAACUAGAUAAUUCUGUUUUUCUGUCUGAAGUAAUGGAUAUCAUGGAAGAAGUUAAAGAUGUCAUCGACAAGAUCACAAACUUUAGUAGCUCAGGAAAUAUCGUUGAACUGACGAAUGAUCUCAGAAGACUUGUGUGCGAUCUUCAUCAAAGAUUGGAUGAUCAAGAGAAAAUCGCCAUAGACUUCAUGAAGAAUUCAGACUGGUCCAAUGCCUUGAUAUACGUUUCACAAUAUAAAUAUAUUUUGAAGGUUUUAGAGGAGCUCCGAGAACACGAGUUGACUUGGAAAAAAUUGGGUAUUGAUGUGAGUACUAGCCGAUAA